UGUCCGGUGAACGCGGACCAGCAGGAGCGGACCCUGCUGACGGGCGUGUUCAGCGUCAGGAAGGGCAAGACCCAGCUGCACAAGUGGGCAGAGCGCCAGGUCCUCCUGUGUGGCACCUGUCUGAUUGUGGCCUCUGUCAAAGACAGCCUGACGGGGAAGAUGCACAUCCUGCCUCUGGUGGGGGGAAAGGUGAGGGGUUAGAGGUCAGGGGUUGGAGAGACGUUGUUUUCCAAGCCCAUGCAUUCCCCAGGGGUCAAAGAGAGACAGAAACAACAGCAGAUCACAGAUACAACAACACAGCUGGGACUGACAGACGGACAGAGGGGAUGCACUGUACAGUACAAUGAGAAGGGAGCAAAUACAGAAAUACACACAUACAAACACACACUAGUACACACACACACACACACAUAUUGGCUGUGUUUACACAGGCAGCUCAAUUCUGAUCUUUUGCCCAAUUAUUGGCAAAUGAGCUGAUCUGAUUGGUCAAAAGACCAAUUAGUUUGAAAAAAAUAUCAGAAUUGGGCUGCCUGUGUAAAUGCAGCCAUAGACAUGCACAUUCAGGCACACUUAAGCACAUGUGUCUCUGCCUAAUAUGGACAGAGCCAGUAGGCACCAUAAUGCCGUUUUGUAAUUUAUUGGGAACAUCAGUGGAUGUCUUUGUCUGGCCUCCUCACCCUUUCUGUUCUGUAUGUUCAGGUGGAGGAGGUGAAGAGGAGACAGCACUGUCUGAUGUUCAGCUCAGCUGGACCCCAGGCCCAGACAUACUUUGUUAACUUCGACACACUGGCAGACUAUCAGAGGUGGCAUCGGCAGGCUUCAAAAGUAAGUAUGUGUUUACUUGUCAGAGUUGUUAUGUAGGAGAAUCUGUGUGCCAGAGCUUUGUGUAUGUUUUCUCUGAUAAAUUAUGCAAGGUCUCUGUCAGGGCACACAGUGAGGGGUGGUCCUGGUUGGUUCCUCUGGGCUGGGAAUCAUAGUGCUGAGAGGGCAGAGUUACCCAGAGUGCACACUGCCUGGUCUGUCAUCCAAUCAGAGUCCUGCUGUGGAGCACAGGUGACCUCUCUGAUUGGCUCUACAGUGACUACAGAGGACCAGCAGUGUCUGGCUUUGAUUAAACAACUGGCUAGGAGGGUGCAUGGGUCAUUGAUUGUAUCUGUGUGUACUGUGUGUGUCUGUGUGCUUGCACAUGGGACUCAGUACAACUAUAUGACGUUAGUAUCCUCAGUCCCUCUCUCUGUCCCUCCCGGACUGCUCUGCUCCUCUCGCUGUGCCUCUACUUUCCUAAUUAAUGGCCAUUAUGUCCCAGAACCUUACUGGGCCCUAACCAGCUCUGUGAAUGCCUCCACCCAGGCAGAGCAGGCACACAAUGAGCCGUGGAGAAAAAAGGCAACUGAAAAAUGAAAAUCCAAUUAGUAGUAGAUCCAUGCUAAGUCAAGGAGCUCUCUCUAACUCUCUCUCGCUCUCUCUCUCCCCCUACCUACCACUGUGGUGCGGAACACUGAGCUGGACUGGGGAGCAGUUAGACAUCAGAGGUUCCUAUGGCGACAUGAUUGGCUGGAGAUGAAGACAGAGAGAGAAAUAGAGAGAGAUGCAGGAGGAGUGACAGAGAAGAGGCUUUGAGAUGAAGGCAGAGAUGUAUGAGGAGCAGAGAGGGGUGGUGCUUGAGAUGAAGAGAGGGAGAGGACUGGAGGGGCAGAGAGAGAUGAGGGGAGGAGAAUUAGAGGAAGGGUGGAUGAGAUGGUGGAUUUGGGGCAAUACUCAUGCCAGGCUGGACACAACCAAGCCCUUGUUGUAGUGUAUUUGUGCUAAUGUGUUUCAUUUUGUGUUUGUUUCAGCGUGUGUGUUUGUGCGUGUGUGUGUUUCUGAAUCAGUGAGGGGGGGAUGGGGUUGUUGUGGUGUUUUCUGUGUGAUGGGGGCUGUGCUGGCUGGCUAAUGGCUCCUUGCUCUAACAGUGGCCUGUAUGUGAGUAGCUGGGCCUGGUGAGUGGCCUUGUGGCGUGCCCAGGUCCUUCCCAGACAGAAAGGCUUGGAGGCUGUCUGAAUGGAUACAGUAGAAGGGGGUCAUCUUCCACUAUAGGGAGGAGGGGGUCAUUUUCCACAGCCACACACACUGGGCAUCAAGCGCUCCCCCUGCUGCCUAGCUAGCUUCUUUACCCACAGGCUGUUCUCCUCUCUCAGUCCAGUCUACAUGUAGGACACUACCCCCAGCCUUUCUCUCUGUCUCUUUCAAUUUCAAUUUCUCUUUCAUCUCUCUCUCAUUUCUCUCUUUCUCUCUCUCUUCAUCUGUCUCUCUCUGACCCGCCCUCGAUGGCCUUUUAAAAGCUAGCUGAUGAGAACUCUAAGAUUUGUCUUUGUUUAUCCCUAAAAGCAAUGAUGUGACGACGUGCUCUGCUCAGCAACCAUCCUAUUUUCUGGGGUGUUGCACAGUAUGCGGUCCUGUGGUGGAUUGAAGCGAGCAUGUUUUCAGACUGAGAAAUGUAUUAAAGCUACUACCCCCAGACAGACAGUGUCCUCCAUGUGCUGACGACUAUCUUUUCAGAGCUGAAGUGCUGUUCAGCUGCAUUCUGCACAUGUAGAUAAGUGAGCCAUGACUGUAUGAGCAUAGCCAAUGAAAAUCAAUGGCGGGACAGGGAGUGCUGAACAAUACAAAAAAUCAGAUAUACUCAGGGGUGAAAGUAAGCCAGUGCGGUCCAGUACGGAGUACCGGCAAAAUAAAUAGUGGGGGUAAGCCGUACCGGUAAAACAUGAGCCUAUCACAAUAAUUAAAAGAGAUUUCAAGAAAACUGUAGGCUAUCACACUAUCAUUAGUCGUGUGAAAAAUGUGCGAAUAGACUUGAAGAGGUGUUGAAUAGCCUACGCUCGAAGUGCGGUGGGGUUCGACAAUAACACUGAAAUUUUGCCAAUGCAGAGAUGAGUGGCCAAGACCGAGAUGCGCACGGACAGCAGUGUACACAUACAUUCAGGUUACAAGACUUGUGUAGGCCUAAUGAAUGACAAUCACAGAAUGCCAUUCAUAAGACUUUGGUGUUUUGUAACUGAUGUCUCUUUGCAUUGAUCAAAUGGCGGGUGCACAGUGCACUGUAUGGAGGCCGGAAUUAUUUUGGAAUAGUUGGAAUAGUAACGGAAGUCUGGACACUGACUGUAGGCUUCAUAUGUAGCCUAUUAUAAUAUAAACUCCAGCAUAAUGAAGUGUUCCUCGCAGUAAAAUGAUAGACCAAAUGUACAUUUUUGUCUCGGGAACAGGAGUGGCGAAAUAUGAUUGGAUGCGAAUGCGUGUUUAGGGACUGGGCUGUGUAGCCUAAACGUGCAAUUUCUUUCAGCGACAUAAAAGCUGACUGGAUUCCAUUUUCAACCACAUCAAAUUUGCAUCCAAGACUAAUUGAAAUACUAUCGGAAACAUGUUGGAUCGUUUUCACAGCUUUUCAUUUAUUUUCAAAGAUUUUGUUGAGUUACAGUUCAAAUAAAGAAAUCAGUCAAUUGAAAUAAAUAAAUUAGGCCCUAAUCUAUGGAUUUCACAUGACUGGGCAGGGGCACAACCAUAGGUGGGCCUGGGAGGGAAUAGGCCCACCCACUGGGGAGCCACAAAAUGUAUUUAUUACAGACAGAAAUACUCCUCCGCACAUUUCUGGGAUCUUUUAUUUCAGCUCAUGAAACACGGGACCAGCACUUUACAUGUUGCGUUUAUAUUUUUGUUCGGUGUAGAUUGUUGAUGAUUUAUGACAUUAUUUAGGCGAGCAAGGCUUUAUUUAGUAUUCUACACGAGCAUCAAGUACCGUAAUUUUCGGACUAUAAGCCGCGCCUUUUUUCCCAAUUUUUCGACCCUGCGGCUUAUAUAACGGUGCGGCUAAUCUAUGGAUUUUUACAGCUAACGGCCACUAGAAGACCUCCUAAAUCUAUGGAUUUUACAGGUUACAGUCCACCAACUUUAACUCUAUGGGCUCUAUGACCGGUCCGCGCCCCCCACCUUUAAAAGAGGCGGGCUCCAGCAGGAAAAGCUGGAGGCCGGAAAAGAGUGAGACAGGUAGCGCGCAAAAGUAAAAGUGGAACCGAGAGUGGUACGAGAGACAGAACGAGAGACAGAACGAGAGCAAGACAGACAGACAUUACGAGAGCGAGACAGUUUGUGCAAAGGAAGUUUUCAUGCACAAACCCUCAUUAUGGAAAACAAACGUAGAAAUGCAUAUGAUGCAGCUUUUAAGUUAAAGGCAGUUAAUCUGGCUGUCAAAACAUCCACGAUCAUUAACGGGUUCCGAAAGGCUGGACUGCUGCGUGAUGAAGAGGAGGACGCCGCCACAGCUGAGGCCCUUCAGAGGCUGUUCGAUUCCGACAGUGACGAAGAGGAGUUCGUUGGUUUUGAGAGCGACAACGAAGGAGAGAGGAGAGUGGCUGACGAAGCCACCCUGAGCCUGUUCGUUUCCGACACUGAAGAUGAGGACUUUGGUGGUUUUAGUACGCAGGAAGAAGACGGAGAUGAGGAUUAAUGAUUUGACUUUUCUGGUUACAGCCGUGUACUGCACCUUAGCCUAAAAGAUGAAGACGAGGAUUAAUGACUUUUCUGGUAGGCUGAUUACCGUAUAUUUUAAGCAGCCGUGUUGCUGCAACUUUAGGCUUACGCGCUUACUGUCGUGUUACAGGCACUUUAUUUUGCACUUAAAAAAAAAACACAUUUAAUUUAGCCAUUGAUAUUGCCUCGUCAAGCGCUGUAAGCUUUGUUUUUUGUUAUGGUACUACUGUAGGCUAUAAUGUAGAUAAAUAUUCAAAGAUGUGCACACUUUUUCAAGGUUUUUCAAACAUAACCAAAGUUAAGUGGUUAAAUGAUUGUGACGCUAUUAACUAAUUUUGCUGGGGAACCCCUAGCACUCCCUCAGGACCACUGUUGAAAACCACUGCUUGCUGGACUUGACAUACCCCCAAAGACAUUCCCCAUUGCACGACUAUACAGUCUACUUUUUCAGAGCUGAAGGAAAUGUGUUGGGGCUGCAUUCGCACUGUGUCGUGGGGGAACAAGUAUUUGAUACACUGCCUUUUUUGCAGGUUUUCCUCUUACAAAGAGUAGGGGUUUCUGAAUUUUUUAUCAAGGUACACUUAAAAUGUGAGAGACGGAAUCUAAAACAAACAUCCAGAAAAUCACAUUGUAUGAUUUUUAAGUAAUUAAUUUGCAUUUUAUUGCAUGACAUAAUUAUUUGAUACAUCAGAAAAGCAGAACUUAAUAUUUGGUACAGAAACCUUUGUUUGCAAUUACAGAGAUCAUACGUUUCCUGUAGGUCUUGACCAGGUUUGCACACACUGCAGCAGGGAUUUUGGCCCACUCCUCCAUACAGACCUUCUCCAGAUCCUUCAGGUUUCGGGGCUGUCGCUGGGCAAUACAGACUUUCAGCUCCCUCCAAAGAUUUUCUAUUGGGUUCAGGUCUGAAGACUGGCUAGGCCACUCCAGGACCUUGAGAUGCUUCUUACGGAGCCACUCCUUAGUUGCCCUGGCUGUGUGUUUCGGGUCGUUGUCAUGAUGGAAGACCCAGCCACGACCCAUCUUCAAUGCUCUUACUGAGGGAAGGAGGUUGUUGGCCAAGAUCUCGUGAUACAUGGCUCCAUCCAUCCUCCCCUCAAUACGGUGCAGUCGUCCUGUCCCCUUUGCAGAAAAGCAUCCCCAAAGAAUGAUGUUUCCACCUCCAUGCUUCACGGUUGGGAUGGUGUUCUUGGGGUUGUACUCAUCCUUCUUCUUCCUCCAAACACGGCGAGUGGAGUUUAGACCAAAAAGCUCUAUUUUUGUCUCAUCAGACCACAUGACCUUCUCCCAUUCCUCCUCUGGAUCAUCCAGAUGGUCAUUGGCAAACUUCAGACAGGCCUGGACAUGCGCUGGCUUGAGCAGGGGGACCUUGCGUGCGCUGCAGGAUUUUAAUCCAUGACGGCGUAGUGUGUUACUAAUGGUUUUCUUUGAGACUGUGGUCCCAGCUCUCUUCAGGUCAUUGAGCAGGUCCUGCCGUGUAGUUCUGGGCUGAUCCCUCACCUUCCUCAUGAUCAUUGAUGCCCCACGAGGUGAGAUCUUGCAUGGAGCCCCAGACCGAGGGUGAUUGACCGUCAUCUUGAACUUCUUCUAUUUUCUAAUAAUUGUGCCAACAGUUGUUGCCUUCUCACCAAGCUGCUUGCCUAUUGUCCUGUAGCCCAUCCCAGCCUUGUGCAGGUCUACAAUUUUAUCCCUGAUGUCCUUAAACAGCUCUCUGGUCUUGGCCAUUGUGGAGAGGAUGGAGUCUGUUUGAUUGAGUGUGUGGACAGGUGUCUUUUAUACAGGUAACGAGUUCAAACAGGUGCAGUUAAUACAGGUAAUGAGUGGAGAACAGGAGGGCUUCUUAAAGAAAAACGAACAGGUCUGUGAGAGCCGGAAUUCUUACUGGUUGGUAGGUGAUCAAAUAAUUAUGUCAUGCAAUAAAAUGCUAAUUAAUUACUUAAAAAUCAUACAAUGUGAUUUUCUGGAUUUUUGUUUUAAAUUCUGUCUCUCACAGUUGAAGUGUACCUAUGAUAAAAAAGUACAGACCUCUACAUGCUUUGUAAGUAGGAAAACCUGCAAAAUCGGCAGUGUAUCAAAUACUUGUUCUCCCCACUGUAAGUGAGCCAUGACUGUAUGAGCAUAGCCAAUGAAAAGCAAUGGCGGGACAGGGAGUGCUGAACAAUACAAAAAAUCAGAUAUACUCAGGGGUGAAAGUAAGCCAGUGCGGUCCAGUACAGAGUACCGGCAAAAUAAAUAGUGGGGGUAAGCCGUACCGGUAAAACAUGAGCCUAUCACAAGAAUUAAAACAGAUUUCAAGAAAACUGUAGGCUAUUACACUAUCAUUAGUCAUGUGAAAAAUUAGCGAAUAGACUUGAAGAGGUGUUGAAUAGCCAACGCUCGAAGUGCGGUGUGGUUCGACAAUAACACUGAAAUUUUGCCAAUGCAGAUAUGAGUGGCCAAGACCGAGAUUCGCACGGACAGCAGUGUACACACACAUUCAGGUUACAAGACUUGUGUAGGCCUAAUGAAUGACAAUCACAGAAUGCCAUUCAUAAGACUUUGGUGUUUUGUAACUGAUGUCUCUUUGCAUUGAUCAAAUGGCGGGUGCACAGUGCACUGUAUGGAGGCCAGAAUUAUUUUGGAAUAGUUGGAAUAGUAACGGAAGUCUGGACACUGACUGUAGGCUUCAUAUGUAGCCUAUUAUAAUAUAAACUCCAGCAGAAUGAAGUGUUCCUCGCAGUAAAAUGAUAGACCAAAUGUACAUUUUUGUCUCGGGAACAGGAGUGGCGAAAUAUGAUUGGAUGCGAAUGCGCGUUUAGGGACUGGGCUGUGUAGCCUAAACGUGCAAUUUCUUUCAGCGACAUAAAAGCUGACUGGAUUCCAUUUUCAACCACAUAAAAUGUGCAUCCAAGACUAAUUGAAAUACUAUCAGAAACAUGUUGGAUCGUUUUCACAGCUUUUCAUUUAUUUUCAAAGAUGUUGUUGAGUUACAGUUCAAAUAAGGAAAUCAGUCAAUUGAAAUAAAUUCAUUAGGCCCUAAUCUAUGGAUUUUACAUGACUGGGCAGGGGCACAACCAUAGGUGGGCCUGGGAGGGCAUAGGCCCACCCACUGGGGAGCCACAAAAUGUCUUUAUUACAGACAUAAAUACUCCUCCGCACAUUUCUGGGAUCUUAUUUCAGCUCAUGAAACAUGGGACCAGCACUUUACAUGUUCCGUUUAUAUUUUUGUUCGGUGUAGAUUGUUGAUGAUUUAUGACAUUAUUUCGGCGAGCAAGGCUUUAUUUAGUAUUCUACACGAGCAUCAAGUAAUGACAAGAGAAGCUGCAUGUACCUAAUUAUAGACACCUUGACUUACAAAUAGCCUACCAAAUGUCAGAAAUUAUAAGCAGAAAAAUAUCUAAAUGAGGCUUAAACUAUUUUCUUCUGCACCCCCCUUUCAAAUAAUCAUCACGCCGUCCCGGAGUAAAGUACGCAGGUAGCCUACAUGAGCCUUUUUAAGUAAUUGUUUGACAAUCAGAUGAAAACAUGACUAUGUUGAUGCCACAUUAAAAGGUAGGCUAAUACAUUUGAAAAGUUAAACGACAAAUCUGUACAAUUAGGCAUAGAGAUCCUAUGAAAUUCUAUAUGUAAUUGUAUGAUUAGGCCUAUAAAAAAAUGCACACAUAGGAGGUCCCAUACCGGGAAGAAAUGACAUCUACUUUCACCCCUGGAUAUACACAGCACUCACUGUGAGGAUAAUGAUUAAGUACCACACACCUCAGUGGAGUUCAUGCUGCCAACUCCUAUAGACCUCAACACUGUGUGAACAUCCUGUUUUGUUAUGGACUCACAACAUAACCUUAUCAGUAUUCCUUUAUUUAUAAUGCUCAAUAAAUCAUUCUAUAAUGCUGAAGCGUAGGAUUCCAACUUCCCUUUUGUGAAUUAAGCAUUAUUGAACCGACUCAACCUUUUUAAAUUAAAGUUGCCCGUUACUCCGUGUGUGUGUGCAAAACUCAAUUGCUCCAUGCAGGUGGUUUCUGGUCAAAACCUUGUUCUAUUAUCACUAAGCUUAAUUAAAAACCCAUUUGGAUGCAGUAAACAGUAAACGGACAUGUCCUGUGUUUGCAGGUGGUUUCUCAGACCAUCAGCCUGGUGGAUCUGUCAUGCUACAGUCUGGAGGAGGUGCCAGAGUACCUGUUCUACAGCCAGGACAUCACCCACCUCAACCUCCGACACAACUUCAUGUCCCUGCAGGGCCCCGGAGGACUGCUCAACCUCCCCAGGUAAAUGCACUCUCUCACCAGGCAGGGCAGCACACAACCACUGACACAACUUACCUAGGAAAACCCUACCUAAAAUAAGUCUGAACAUGCCUAGCGAAACCUGUAGCCCAAUACUAAACCUGCUCAGUAACACCCCUACCUCGAUACUAAAUCUUAAUCCGUCCACAGAUAAACUUGUCCUCCCUGUUACAAUGCAAUUUGUGGUAGUGUUACAACACAGUCUGACAGUUUUACCCAAAGGCAUUAUGUAAUCAUGUCAUAUGAUGUUCUACAGGUACGUACAUUGUUUAUCACAGAGCUUGUUUUAUCGUCUAGUCGGUGCUGAUAAGUUCUCCUGACCACUCGUUUGUGGUCGAUGCUCAGAGACACGGUGGUUCAGCCGGCAUAUCAUCUGGGAGGGUGAAGGGGCACUUAGCUCAGUGUCCACUCCUAUGGUACAACUGGGGCAUAUUUGAGCAAGCGGGCAUUCUCAAAGAGAUAAUGCUAUUAAAUGUUAAUUAUCUACUACCCUCUGUAGUAUUUCCUGUUGUAUGGCAAGCAUUACAGGAGGGCCGAGCUGUAAUAAGUGGUGUGUGGACGUGCAUGUGUUUAUGCGUGUGUGAAGGGCUGUGGAAAGAACACAUGAUAGAGGAUCUACUGUGCUGUGUAGCUGAGAGGAAGACAAUGUACACAUCACUGCAUCUCUCUCUUUCUCUUUCUUUCUCUCUCUCUCUGUGUGUCUGUCACUCCCUCUAUCUGUAUAUUUAGACAGAGCAGGGCUAGGGGAGUGAGGGAGGCUGAUGGAGCCUGAGGGAGGGGGUGGAGGAGGGAGGGGAUGGUUCUUCUCGGAUGCGGUCUGUGCUCUAGCAUAUGUUGUGACUCACGGCGGCCACCUCCAUCCCCCAUCCACUCUGCAUCACUUCAUUCACUAAAAUGAUUGUAUUGCUACUUAGUGUGUGUGUGUGUGUGUGUGUGAGAUGGGGUUUUGGCCAGAUGCGAAAAUGUAAAAUGUCAGCAGCCCCUAGUAACGAGGACAUAAAUUCCAAUGGAGCGAUUAUGAUGAACGAGACUGCCUGAGCCAAUGCAAUGAGCCCACAAAAUACAUCUAUUUUUAUAAUCAGACAGAAAAACUAUCUCUACGUUGAAUUACUUUUGGUCAUUCAUUGAACAUGUCAGAAAAGCCAGGUCCAGUUUUUCAAACCCUCUCUUUCUACCCAGGUUUUCCCAGCUGAAGAGCCUGAACCUUUCGCAUAACCGCCUGGGAGUGUUUCCAGAGUCUGUCUGUGAGAUCCUCACCCUGACAGAGCUCAACCUCUCCUGUAACGGCAUGAACACAGUCCCCAGACAGAUAGGUAACCUCCAGAGGUGAGACAGUCACAUACAUACACCCUAUAUCAGUCAGCCAAAAUUAUAUAUUAUUUUGAGUUUGGCAUAGAUUACAUGCUAACAUUCCCACUCUAGCUGUGUUAGGUAGGGUGUAAUUCCAUGAUGGUCAAUAUGAGUAUCAGUUCCUCUAUGUACUGGAUGUUGGGUUGGACAUUUUGUGCUGCUCAGUGCUGUGUGCAGUACUCUCCCCUCUGCUCGCCUUUCUGGCCACAUGAGCCCACAUGCUCAUCUUAGCAGUGAAUCAUUAUCGAGCAUGUUCUCUGUGUGUGUUUUUUUUGUUUUGUUAAUUGAACCAGUGAACUGCAUUAAGUUCAGCUGUUUGUUGUUAUGCAGUCAGAUUAAAUAAAGCUUUAAAAUCAGGCCACUUUUCAUGCUCUCAGCUCACUUACUGCAGCAUGAUGCUUAAUAUAGAAUGAUUUCAAAUAUACAAACACUGACAUUUUCACCUCUUCUUAUGGAAUGCCAAACAGUUGUGUAUCCUCAGAAAACAGAGAUGAAAAAGAUUUAUAUGUCUGUCCCCCAGUCUGCAGACCCUGUCUCUGGAUGGGAAUCACUUGAGCUUCCUGCCCGAAGAGCUUGGCGGCCUAGCUCAGCUCAGCAGCCUGGGGCUUUCCUUCAACAACUUCCCCCACAUCCCUGGUGUUCUGGAUAGGCUGAGCGGCAUGGACAGGCUAGCCAUGGCUGGGAACCGGGUGGAGACCCUGGAGCUGGGGAUCCUGGCCAGGAUGAGCCACCUCAAGAACAUCGACCUGCGGUGAGGAACUAGACCAGUCUGUACUCUCUGCCCUCAUACGGGCCCCCUGUCUUUAUCUUUCUUUUCCUAGUUCUAUUUCUCUCUCUCUCUCUCUCUCUCUCUCUCUCUCUCUCUCUCUCUGUCUCUCUCUCUCUCACUCACUCACUCACUCACUCACUCACUCACUCACUCACUCACUCACUCACUCACUCACUCACUCACUCACUCACUCACACACACACAUCCCUCAGUGUAUACACUCUAUUCGUCAGUCACAGCAUGCAUAAUUCAAGAUCAAUACACAAUGGUAAUAAGAGCCCCCCUGUCAUUAAAUCUCACAGAGUUGGCAGCAACGGUUCAAUGUACUUCCACCCCCCCCCCCCCCCCCCCCCCCCCCCAAAUGCCCCCUACCCCGAUGCCUGACCCUGCCUCACUUAGGCAUUUUCAUAUAAAACACCUUUCUCAUCUCUCUAUCCAGUUCUGAUGCAGCCAUUGAUAGUGAGAUUGAUCCCCUAAAAACCUGCAGUAUCACCCCCCUUCACUCCCCGUCACUGUUUUAAAGUUUAGUCGUUAUUCAUCUCUCUCCUCCCAUCUUUCUACCUCCCUCUCUCUCUCCUCUCUUUGUCUCUCUCCCUCUCUCUUUCGCUCCCUCUCUCUUGCUCUGCCUCACCUUGAGAGUGAGUUAUGGGGUGGAUUUAUGGGGGGCUGGGUGCCUGCAGGAUUAGGAGGCCAGUUGGGCUCAUAAAAGGGAGAGGAGAGGUUCUGCAGAGUGAGAUCAGAUCAGGAAGAGGGAGACACACAGGGGCAGUCUGGAACUCAUCAGCCAGACAUAUUCUGUCUAGUGUCUGUCUGCUGUCAGCAUUCUAACCCAGUGUUCUGUUUGUCUGAUGCCAUUGCUUUAACCCCAUGUUGAUGUUAAUAUCUUGAUCCUAUGUUCUCUAUGUGUAUGAAGCCUGUGUGUUAAUUAAGCAAUAAGGCCCGAGGGGGUGUGUUGUAUGGCCAAUAUACCACGGCUAAGGGCUGUUCUUAGGUACAGCCCUUAGCCGUGGUAUAUUGGCCAUAUAUACCGCAACCCCCCGAGGUGCCUUAUUGCUAUUAUAAACUGGUUACCAACGUAAUUAGAGCAGUAAAAAUAAAUGUUUUGUCAUACCCGUGGUAUACCAUGGCUGUCAACCAAUCAGCAUUCAGGGCUCGAACCACCCAGUUUAUAAUGCUGUUUAUACCAUGGCAUUGUUGAAUACUAGUUUCUGAUUGGCUUGAAGGGCAUUCUAGAGUGUGCAUUAUUUCCCUAUAACUCAGUAUACAGUGGGGAAAAAAUGUAUUUAGUCAGCCACCAAUUGUGCAAGUUCUCCCACUUAAAAAGAUGAGAGAGGCCUGUAAUUUUCAUCAUAGGUACACGUCAACUAUGACAGACAAAUUGAUAAUUUUAUUCCAGAAAAUCACAUUGUAGGAUUUUUAAUGAAUUUAUUUGCAAAUUAUGGUGGAAAAUAAGUAUUUGGUCAAUAACAAAAGUUUCUCAAUACUUUGAUAUAUACCCUUUGUUGGCAAUGACGCAGGUCAAACGUUUUCUGUAAGUCUUCACAAGGUUUUCACACACUGUUGCUGGUAUUUUGGCCCAUACCUCCAUGCAGAUCUCCUCUAGAGCAGUGAUGUUUUGGGGCUGUCGCUGGGCAACACGGACUUUCAACUCCCUCCAAAGAUUUUCUAUGGGGUUGAGAUCUGGAGACUGGCUAGGCCACUCCAGGACCUUGAAAUGCUUCUUACGAAGCCACUCCUUCGUUGCCCGGGCGGUGGGUUUGGGAUCAUUGUCAUGCUGAAAGACCCAGCCACGUUUCAUCUUCAAUGCCCUUGCUGAUGGAAGGAGGUUUUCACUCAAAAUCUCACGAUACAUGGCCCCAUUCAUUCUUUCCUUUACACGGAUCAGUCGUCCUGGUCCCUUUGCAGAAAAACAGCCCCAAAGCAUAAUGUUUCCACCCCCAUGCUUCACAGUAGGUGUGGUGUUCUUUGGAUGCAACUCAGCAUUCUUUGUCCUCCAAACACGACGAGUUGAGUUUUUACCAAAAAGUUCUAUUUUGGUUUCAUCUGACCAUAUGACAUUCUCCCAAUCCUCUUCUGGAUCAUCCAAAUGCACUCUAGCAAACUUCAGACGGGCCUGGACAUGUACUGGCUUAAGCAGGGGGAUACGUCUGGUACUGCAGGAUUUGAGUCCCUGGCGGCGUAGCGUGUUACUGAUGGUAGGCUUUGUAACUUUGGUCCCAGCUCUCUGCAGGUCAUUCACUAGGUCCCCCCGUGUGGUUCUGGGAUUUUUGCUCACCGUUCUUGUGAUCAUUUUGACCCCACGGGGUGAGAUCUUGCGUGGAUCGAGGGAGAUUAUCAGUGGUCUUGUAUGUCUUCCAUUUCCUAAUAAUUGCUCCCACAGUUGAUUUCUUCAAACCAAGCUGUUGCAGAUUCAGUCUUCCCAGCCUGGUGCAGGUCUACAAUUUUGUUUCUGGUGUCCUUUGACAGCUCUUUGGUCUUGGCCAUAGUGGAGUUUGGAGUGUGACUGUUUGAGGUUGUGGACAGGUGUCUUUUAUACUGAUAACAAGUUCAAACAGGUGCCAUUAAUACAGGUAACGAGUGGAGGACAGAGGAGCCUCUUAAAGAAGAAGUUACAGGUCUGUGAGAGCCAGAAAUCUUGCUUGUUUGUAAGUGACCAAAUACUUAUUUUCCACCAUAAUUUGCAAAUAAAUUCAUAAAAAAUCCUACAAUGUGAUUUUCUGGAUUUUAUUUUUCUCAAUUUGUCUGUCAUAGUUGACGUGUACCUAUGAUGAAAAUUACAGGCCUCUCUCAUCUUUUUAAGUGGGAGAACUUGCACAAUUGGUGGCUGACUAAAUACUUUUUUUCCCCACAGUAUUUGCACUGUAGAAUUCAAUGGCUGUAGUUCUUACAUGUUCUAUGUUUGAGCUACUUUUGAAAGUAAAAUACAUAUUGAAAAUAUUAUUGGCAUUGUUGAAUUUAUAAUAGCAAGCUAGGACUUUUGGUUUGGUUAGCUAAACUAGCAAGUCUGUUUGAUUACGGAGGCAACUACUAUCGUUAUCUGGUAAACUUGGGAGCUACUUCAGUGGAUGUUGAACACAUUUCUACCUGCAAAUGAACCCAUUUCUAGCGGUAAAUAUGUUAAAUUAUAGCCAUGAUAUAAAAGGGAUAAUCAACUCGCAGCUCUAUGUGUUCUCCGGAAAAUAAUACAACUCUGUGGAAGGUCAGUUCCACUCCGCUAGCACGUCGUGGAGGAACACACCUUCCACAUAGCCCCUUGUUGAUUUUCCCUUACGUACUGUAUGAGGCCUUUGUGUAAAUGCUGUGUACUGUAUGCAGGCUGAACGGUCUGCGCUGGGUGAAGAGUGAGGCCCUGGAGGCGGUGAAGCAGGUGACCCAGCUGGACCUGAGGGACAACCACUUGGCCACACUGGACCUGAGCUCCAUCUGCAGCCUGGAAACUCUGCACUGCCAGAGAAACCAGCUGAGGGCGCUAACGCUGAGUGGCUUCACCCUGCGCACACUUCACGCCAGCAGCAACUGUGAGUGGAGCACCUACCUCCCUGGCCCUGUCUCUCCAGGCCCUCUACCACUGUUACAUAAUGCAUAUAGCCAUCCCUAGCUUGGCUGCUGAUCACUGCUUUUCCUCUACCCACAGGCCUGACCACGGUCAACAUCUACCCAGUACCCAACCAGCUGACACAGAUGGACCUAUCACGGUGAGUGCUGUGUGGCCAGGGCCUCAGUUUCUCAAUCAGGAAGGAAGAAGUGUUAUUAAUCCAUCAACACUUCUAAUCAUGAACCUGGUAUAUUGGUAGCUUUUUUCAUUUACAGUGCAUUCGGAAAGUAUCCAGAUCCCUUCACUUUUCCACAUUUUGUUACGUUACAGCCUUAUUCUAAAAUUGAUUUUAAAAAAUUAAAAUCCUCAUCAAUCUACACACAAUACCCCAUAAUGACAAAGCGAAAACAGGUUUUUAGAAAUGUUUGCAAAUGUAUUAAAAAUAAAAAACAGAAAUACCUUAUUUACAUAAGUAUUCAGACCCUUUGCUAUGAGACUCGAAAUUGAGCUCAGGUGCAUCCUGUUUCCAUUGAUCAUCCUUGAGAUGUUUCUACAACUUGAUUGGAGUCCACCUGUGGUAAAUUCAAUUGAUUGGACAUGAUUUCUAUAUAAGGUCUCACAGUUGGGACAUAGUAGCUCAUAGUAGCUCAGCCCGUGUAGCUCAGUUGGUAGAGCAUGGCGUUUGCAACGCCAGGGUUGUGGGUUCGUUUCCCACGGGGGACCAGUAUGAGAAAAAAAAGAAGAAAAAAAAGUGUAUGCACUCACUAACUGUAAGUCGCUCUGGAUAAGAGCGUCUGCUAAAUGACUAAAAUGUAAAUGUUGACAGUGAACGUCCGUGCAAACCAAGCCAUGUGAUCGAAUGAAUUGUCCGUAGAGCUCCGAGACAGGAUUGUGUCGAGGCACAGAUCUGGGAAUGGUACCAAAAACAUUCUGCAGCAUUGAAGAUUCCCAAGAACACAGUGGCCUCCAUCAUUCUUAAAUGGAAGAAGUUUGGAACCACCAAGACUCUUCCUAGAGCUGGCCUCCCUGCCAAACUGAGCAAUCGGGGGAGAAAGGCCUUGGUCAGGGAGGUGACCAAGAACCCGAUGGUCACUCUGACAGAGCUCCAGAGUUCCUCUGUGGGGAUGGGAGAACCUUCCAGAAGGACAACCAUCUCUGCAGCACUCUACCCAUCAGGCCUUUAUGGUAGAGUGGCCAGAUGGAAGCCACACCUCAGUAAAAGGCACAUUACAGCCCGCUUGGAGUUUGCCAAAAGGCACCUAAAGGACUCUCAGACCAUGAGAAACAAGGAAACCUGGCACCAUCCCUACGGUGAAGCAUGGUGGUGGCAGCAUCAUGCUGUGGGGAUGUUUUUCAGCGGCAGGGACUGGGAGACUAGUCAGGAUUGAGGGAAAGAUGAACGGAGCAAAGUACAGAGAGAUCCUUGAUGAAAACCUGCUCCAGAGCGCUCAAAACCUCAGACUGGGGUGAAGGUUCACCUUCCAACAGGACAACGACACUAAGCACACAGCCAAGACAACGCAGUAGUGGCUUCGGGACAAGUCUCUGAAUGUCCUUGAGUGGCCCAGCCAGAGCCCGGACUUGAACCCGAUUGAACAUCUCUGGAGAGACCUGAAAAUAGCUGUGCAAUGACGCUCCCCAUCCAACCUGACAGAGCUUGAGAGGAUCUGCAAAGAAGAAUGGGAGACACUCCCCAAAUAGAGAGGUGUGCCAAGCUUGUAGCGUCAUACCCAAGAAGACUCAAGGCUGUAAUCGCUGCCAAAAGUGCUUCAACAAAGUACUGAGUAAAGGGUCUGAAUACUUAUGUAAAUGUGAUAUUUCGGGGGGGGGGUUUUAAAUUCUAAAAACCUAUUUUUGCUUUGUCAUUAUGGGGUAUUGUGUGCAGAUUGAUGGGGGGAAAAAACGAUUUUAAUCCAUUUUAGAAUAAGGCUGUAACGUAACAAAAUGUGGAAAAAGUCAAGGGGUCUGAAUACUUUCCGAAUGCACUGUACAUGUACAGUUGGAGGUUAAAAUGUCUUAUAUCCCCUCUGACCUCUGUGCUGACUGUGACCUCUGUGACCUCUGUGACAGGAACCUGCUGGAGUACCUACCAGACUGGUUGUGUGACAGUAGGAAGAUGGAGGUGCUGGACGUCACACACAACUUCCUGUCUGAACUACCAGCCAGGUUAGUCUCCCUAUGAGGACUAGUUCAUCCUUCUCAAACUCCUCACUUCCAACUCAUCUAAAUAUGCUCUAAACAUGCAUAUUUGUUAAGGUAGAUUAAAGGCUGUUACUUACAUUGUCCAUCAUGUUGUACUAUAUGUUUAAUCCUUCCAUCUCGUAUCAUCCGGAUUUGGCUUUUAAACAGUCUGCAGUUAUUAUUAGAAUGAGCACCAUAUUAAUCUGGUUAACAUUGGGCAUCAUUUAGCCAAUGUCCAGACAGAAAUAACUGUCCCUAAAACAUCAGCAGAUGUGUUGACAGUCAGCUGAUGAGAGGAUUCCAUUGGCUGUGUGAAGCUAAUACACAGCUUUUCAUCUUUCUGUCAGCAGACUGUGAUGUCAGUAUGGCGAUGCUGGAGCACUCCGCUCAAAGCAACCGUCAUUUAACGUUACCCUUCAACACAACUAUUUGCAUUUGAAUAGACCAAAGCCUUCGCAAACAAGAUAAUAUUCGGCUCGACGGCGUAGCUGCAGAUGAGACCUCUGUGUUAUUAUUUCUGGAGUAAAUUGUGCUGUGUUGGUAUCUUUAGGCUGCCAAGUUCAAAAGGACAUUGAUGGAUUUGUUGUCUGUGGAGUUUCUGUGCCUCAAGAUUCCCCCCAGUUUCACAAGUGAUCAAAUUCACAGCAGGAGAUGAUGUUCUUUAUCUCUUCCUCUCCCUCUCCACUAGACUGCUCAGCAGCCUGAGUCUGAGGAAGCUGCUGGCUGGGAACAAUAGGCUCCAGAGACUGCCUGACCUACUUGACCACGUCCCCCUGGAAGCACUCGACCUCCAGCACAACAAGCUAGGCGAGCUCCCGGAGAGCCUCUUCUACAAGGCCUUAAAGUGGGUCAAUCCCCCUUCCUCUCUAUCUUCGCACCCACCCUCUCUCCUACCCUUCUCUUUGGUGUUUGUCCUCUCUCCCUCUCUCUCCAUUCCUGACAGGUGCUUUGGAGGCUGCAGCUGAUGCUCUGUCUCCCCCAGGGCCUGUGACGCUGCUGCUGUUGCUUUAACCCCUGAGCAGCAUUGGCCCUGUUCCUCUAUUCAACCACAACAACCAAUUAAAGGACAAAACAGGAUCGGGCAUAUUGAAAUGAAACACUGCCCUAUAUCCUCCCUACAUCAUGCAGUAGAAAUACAGUAUCAAUAUUUGAUGGGAUUGAAGUGGUUGGCAGUCUGUAAGAGAUGUCUUACUUCACAUAGACGUGGUGGCCCUGGUUCGCUGACUGGGUCCACUGGGCUGUAUCUGCCAGGCUCUGGAGUGUGUGGCUCUGAGGACCAGUCAGAGAGUCAGACUGUAACGUGAUCCCACCCCAGCAGCCUGACGCUCUACCGUUUCCUGUCUGAUAAAUCACUGGGCACCCAUUAGUCCUGGGCUACUCUACUCUGUCUCCCAUGCUGAGACAUCGAGUGCCAGUGUGACGGCUGUAAAGUGCCUCAUUGGUCAACAAUGUUUGUUUCUCAGUUAGUGUUACAAAAGAGCCACCAUUAGAAGAUGUAUUCUUAUUGAUUUUCUCCCUGUCAUCAUUUAUCUGAAUCCGUUUUGUUAAAGGAAAUGUAUGGCCAGAGUGUUGGUAACAAGAGCAUUUAACUCUCCUGUCAUAACAGCUUUAAGAGGAAGUUCUACAUUUUACACUAUGUCUAAAUCAUCUAAUGUUGACUUGAAAUUACACAUUUACAUCACUUACAUCACUGGCAAUUAAUCCUGGGUUCUUUCCUAUUUACAUACAUCUCUCUCUGCUCCUCCUCCUAGCUUAAAGUACCUGAACGUGUCAGCCAAUGCCCUGGAGAUAAUUCCCCCCAGCAGCCAAUCAGAGGAGAGCCUCAGCACCCUCCAGGAACUGUACCUGACAGGGAACAAACUGAAUGAGAACUGUGCCGCCCUGCUGGUGGGACACCAGAACCUCAGAGUCCUGCACAUGGCCUACAACCAGCUGCUCUCUUUCCCUGCCAGGUAACCAACUCCACACCCAGUUAAACUGCCUUCAUACAGUACCUAUGAAGAAUGGAAAUGCCUUCAAUCAGUUGAAGUAUUCUACACAGGGUUACCCACUACUUUAGAGAUUGCGUCUCAAUCAAAUCAAAUCAAAUCAAAUUUUAUUGGUCACAUGCGCCGAAUACAACAGGUGCAGACAUUGCAGUGGAAAUGUACUUACAGCCCUUAACCAACAGUGCAUUAUUUUAAACAAAAAAAGUAAGAAUAAACAACAACAACAAAAAAGUGUUGAGAAAAAAGAGCAGAAGUAAAAUAAGUGACGUAGGGAGGCUAUUAUCAGUAAAAUAACAGUGACAGUAGGGAGCUAUAUAUACAGGGGGGUACCGUUGCAGAGUCAAUGUGCGGGGGCACCGGCUAGUUGAGGUAUGUCUCAAGACAUAAUAUGUUUUCUAUUGCUCCUAAUAUACUGUAGCUAUUCUCUAGAUCUGAUAUGAGCCUUUGUUCUGUGUGGUUGAGACGUCUCUAUACUGCUCUGUGUGUGUGCAGUAAACUGAGUAAACUGGAGCUGCUGGAGGAGCUCAAUCUGAGUGGCAACAAGCUGAAGACCAUCCCCUCCACUGUGUCCAGCUGUAAGAGGCUACACACCCUCAUAGCACACUCCAACCACAUCAGUGUGUUCCCUGAGAUCCUCAACCUGCCAGAGAUCAAGGUCAGUUUCACUCAUAUCUGUUUAUAUGUGUGUUUAUGCAUAUGUCUUUUAGAUAUGUAUACAGUGCCUUGCAAAAGUAUUCAUCCCCCUUGGUGUUUUUCCUGUUUUGUUGCAUUACAACCUGUAAUUUAAAUAGAUUUUUAUUUGGAUUUCAUGUAAUGGACAUACACAAAAUAGUCCAAAUUGGUGAAGUGAAAUGAAAAAAAUAACAUAAAGGUGGUGCGUGCAUAUGUAUUCACCACCUUUGCUAUGAAGCCCCUAAAUAAGAUCUGGUGCUACCAAUUACCUUCAGAAGUCACAUAAUGAGUUAAAUAAAGUCCACCUGUGUGCAAUCUUAAGUGUCACAUGAUCUCAGUGUAUAUAUACACCUGUUCUGAAAGGCCCCAGAGUCUGCAACACCACUAAGCAAGGGGCACCACCAAGCAAGCGGCACCAUGAAGACCAAGGAGCUCUCCAAACAGAUCAGGGUCAAAGUUGUGGAGAAGUACAGAUCAGGGUUGGGUUAUAAAAAAAUAUCUGACGGAGCACCAUUAAAUCCAUUAUUAAAAAAUGUAAAGAAUAUGGCACCACAACAAACCUGCCAAGAGAGGGCCGCCCACCAAAACUCACGGACCAGGCAAGGAGGGCAUUAAUCAGAGAGGCAACAAAGACACCAAAGAUAACCCUGAAGGAGUUGCAAAGCUCCACAGCGGAGAUUGUAGUAUCUGUCCUUAGGACCACUUUAAGGCGUACACUCCACAGAGCUGGGCUUUAUGGAAGAGUGGCUAGAAAAAAGCCAUUGCUUAAAUAAAAAAAUAAGCAAACACGUUUGGUGUUGGCAAAAAGGCAUGUGGGAGACUCCCCAAACAUAUGGAAGAAGGUACUCUGGUCAGAUGAGACUAAAAUUGAGACUUUUGGCCAUCAAGGAAAACGCUAUGUCUGGCUCAAACCCAACACCUCUCAUCAUCCCGAGAACACCAUCGGCGUGGACUGGGAAACUGGUCAGAAUUGAAGGAAUGAUGGAAGGCGCUAAUAAAUACAGGGAAAUUCUUGAGGGAAACCUGUUUCAGUCUUCCAGAGAUUUGAGACUGGGACGGAGGUUCACCUUCCAGAAGGACAAUGACCCUAAGCAUACUGCUAAAGCAACACUCAAGUGGUUUAAGGGGAAACAUUUAAAUGUCUUGGAAUGGCCUAGUCAAAUCCCAGACCUCAAUCCAAUUGAGAAUCUGUGGUAUGACUUAAAGAUUGCUGUACACCAGCGGAACCCAUCCAACUUGAAGGAGCUGGAGCAGUUUUGCCUUGAAGAAUGGGCAGAAAUCCCAGUGGCUAGAUGUGCCAAGCUUAGAGAGACAUACCCCAAGAGACUUGCAGCUGUAAUUGCUCCAAAAGGUGGCUCUACAAAGUAUUGACUUUGGGGGGGUGAAUAGUUAUGCACGCUGAAGUUUCUUCUUUUUUUUGGGGGGUCUUAUUUCUUGUUUGUUUCACAAUAAAAAAUAUUUUGCAUCUUCAAAGUGGUAGGCAUGUUGUGUAAAUGAAAUGAUCCAUUUUAAUUCCACGUUGUAAGGCAACAAAAUAGGAAAAAUGCCAAGGGGGGUGAAUACUUUCGCAAGCCACUGUAUAUCUAUUACAAUGUUAUAAUGUGUAACAGUGUGUGUGUUAUCUUUUCCCACUCCCCUCUCUCUCUGUGUGUGUGUGUGUGUGUGUAUAUAUAUAUAUAGCUGGUGGACCUGAGCUGUAAUGAGCUGACUGAGAUCCUACUGCCAGACUCUCUACAGGCCACCCUGCACGAACUGGACCUGACUGGCAACAGCAGCCUCUUGCUGGAGCACAAAACACUCAACCUGUUCAGGUGACACACAGAGACCACAGUGUCAGACCGCACAGAAAAGUAUCAGGCCACUGGUGUACUUCGAAAUGCUAUGAGAUAAAUGAUAUUCUUAGACGUGUGCUACGGCGUGAAUGAUUGUUCGGUCCAGUGCGUAGUGAGGUAAUCUCUUUGUCUCUCCUCAGUCACAUCACCACCCUGAAGCUGGACCAGAAGCCAGCUAUGACCACCGGCGACUCCCUGGGCUCCUCCACCCUGUGGAACCACGGUUACUCUGAGAUGAGCGGACAGAGGAACAAGUGAGCACAAGGGAGGGAGGAAGGAGGGCUGAGGGAGAGAGAGUUACUUUAUGAGACAGUGAGUGAGCGUGUGUGAGAGAGCAUGAUAGUGUUUUGUGCCUGUGUGAAGCCCCAAUUUAUGACGAUAUUCUGAUGAGAGGGUAUAAAUGGGAUUAUGAGAUCAUGUGUGGUUUUAGAGAGCGUCUUUAAGAAGGUCAGAGGAAAUAGCAUUUCCUCUUUCAGGGAAUCGCUGUGAGCAGCACUACAUUAAAUGGUCUGAGAAGAGGAUGUGCAUAGUCCAUAUCAGCCAGUUUCUUUUCUGCUCUGCCUCUUGGCUGGGCUCCUAUUUUAAACCCCACCCGGGGCUAUAAUAUGCAUCUAUGGAGGAGUUACUUAGUUAUCUAACUGUACAGCCCCAGCACAGCUUCCACUGCCUGGGUGAAUGUCCGGCGGGGCUGGCCUCAAGGCCCCUGGGCAGUGGAUCUUGUUUAAUAGUAGGGAAGGCGGUGAAGCCUAAUACUUCCUGUGGAUAAAAUGGGUAUAAAGCAGGGUCCCCUGCAUCAUUGAUGGUGGCCCAAUGUGCCUGACUGCUGCCCUAACAGGGCCUCACAGGGUCAUGACCACCACAGUGUCACGAGGCCGUGUCUGGUGUCACACCCACCCCCUGCUGCCUCCGUAGGAAUGGGGCUCUGUCUGACUGUUUAAGUAUAAUAAUAAUAAUAAUAAUAUGCCAUUUAGCAGACGCUUUUAUCCAAAGCGACUUACAGUCAUGCGUGCAUACAUUUUUUUUGUGUAUGGGUGGUCCCGGGGAUCGAACCCACUACCUUGGCGUAUUUGAGCAAGAUUGUAUGCUUAUGAGCAAGAUUGUAUAACGGGAUUUACACAAAGUGUAAACACAUUUUGUUUACACUUUUUCUGUUAAUCUUAUCUAUAUUUAUGGUAUUUUCUCUUCCUUGGGGACAGGUUGUGUGUGUCUGUGCUGGCAGUGGACCGCUUUGGGGACAGCGUUGAGGCGGCCUAUGGCAUCUUCGACGGAGACCGCAAUGAGGAAGUGCCUCGUCUGCUGCAGUGCACCAUGGGAGAUGUGCUGUCGGAGGAGCUGCUGCAUUCCAGUGUGGACAGUGUGUACAUGAGUAACACCUUCCUCACCUCACACAGGUAUGAGCAUCAUGUAUACACAGACACACACCCAAGGACAUGCGCACACACACAGACAGAAAUUACUCUAAUACAAGCUAAAUGUAAUGCACAUUUCAGUAUCCUAUGAAUUACUGUUGCCCCAUAGGGAAGACAAUCCUACAAUUGUACUGUUCAUUUACAUUUGAUUGACUUAAUUCACAACUGCAUUAGCAACUGAUAGUUGCAUUCUGUAAUGUAUGAUGCAGGAAACUGGGCAUGGCUGGUCAGAAGCUGGGUGCAUCUGCCCUGCUAUGCUACAUCCACCACGAGCCGUCGGAGCUGGGCAGCUACUUCAGCCUGACGGUGGCCAACGUGGGCAGCUGCCAGGCGGUGCUGUGUCGAGAUGGCCAGCCCCUGCCCCUCUCCAAGGUCUUCAGCCUGGAGCAGAGCACCGAAGAGAUGGAGAGGGUCAAACUCAGCAAGGCUAUCAUAACUGAGGUACUGUGGGGAAUUACGUGUGUGUGCGUGGGAAUGCACAUCUUUGUGAGUGCCUUUGUGUUCAUUAAGAUCUACUUGUUAGUUAACGUUUGAUGUGAUGCCUUAUGCUCAGAGGUAUUCAUUUGUAUUCAAAGUGCAGAGCUGAGUCCCCUCCUGUGUUAUUGUGUUGCAGGAUAAUAAGGUGAGUGGAGUGACAUGCUGCUCUCGCCUGCUGGGCUGCUCUUAUCUGUCUCCCUGGGUGCUGCCCAAGCCCUGGGUGCGCACCGAGCCCCUGUGUUCCCAGGACGAGUUCCUGAUCCUGGGGAACCGGGCGCUGUUUGAGAGGGUGUCCUACCAGGAGGCCGUGUGCACCGUGCAGGCCGUGAGGGACCCCCGCGCUGCUGCCAAGAAGCUCUGCACGCUGGCCCAGAGCUACGGCUGCCGGGACAAUGUGGGGGCGGUGGUGGUGUCCCUGCACAUCGGGGAGGACAGCUGUACCUGUGAGCCCGCUCUCGCCAAUACUGGGACUGAACCCCGGGGACCCCCUCCAACACCCCUCCCUGUCUCUGCUCCCCCAGGGGACCCGGCCACGCCCUCCUCCAGCAGUGGCAUCGCCUCAGAGUUCAACAGCGAGACUUCAGCCUCGGAGGUGGGGAGUGAGGCAGGCUCCACGGCCUCUGACGAACACCCCUCCUCUGGCCCCACGGCCCGACCUGAGAGGCGCUGUAGCCUCCACCCUGCAGCCACGCUCUGUGGCCCCACGGGACCCGGCUCAGCCGGGGUAGGGGGGCCCCACCCAGUCCUGUUCCAGCGCCAGCCCUCCUGUGCCACCUUCUCCAGUAACCAGUCUGACAACGGGCUGGACAGUGAUGACGAGGCUCCACUAGAGGGGGUCAUCUCCAACGGGAGCAAGCUGGAGGUGGAGGUGGACAUCCACUGCUGUGCUUUCCAGAUCCGCUCUGGGCCCCCCGCGAGCCCCAAGGACCACAACCUGGACAAGACACGCUCGGACUACCCCAACGGAAAGAUGCGGCGUCAGAACAGCGUGGUGGUGUCAGCCACUAACGGCUGCCUGCUGGCUGUGUGUGGCAGGGAGAUCUCCGACCUGAAGAAGUCCCCCUCCACCUCCAGCCUCUUUGGGAAGAAGCUCUCCAACGGCUCCGUGGUGGCCCCGGAAGAUAGCCACAACCUCAUCGAGGUAGCCCUGGAGGCCCCUAAGAAGAAGACGGGUUACUUCACUGCCCCCGCCCAGCAGGACCCUGAGGACCAGCUGGUAGUGCCUCCCAGUCUAGAGCAGGAUGUUAGGGAACAGCUGAGGGGCCAGAACCCUAUGGUCCCAGGACCUCCACCCCCUUCCACACCCCCCUCCAUCAGAGACCCUGUGUGGGACCACCCCAACCCCCCUGCCCCCAUGCUGCCCCAGCGGGACCUCGCCCCCAACACUAUCCCUGCCCUACAGCAUGAAGUCUAUGAUACUGCCCUC